GUCAGUACCGUGGGAGGGUACUAUGAUACCACUACACCAGAUGCGCUUCUUGCUUCUGCGUUUUACUUAAACAGAAAUAUUUCUAUCUUAGAGUAAUAAGCUCGAUGUUAUCACAGAGAUAAAACCCUAGCUGUAAACUAAUAUUCAGUCUUCUAAUGGUUUGCUAUCAGUUCUAACAAAAUAGCAUUUGCUCACACGCUUUGUUUCUAUGUGGUUCCCCUAUCUCUUGUUCUUAAUACUACAAAAGAAAAAUGAGUUAUGUUGGAUGAGUUCGACGCUUCACUCUUGUAGAUUUCCUCAGAUUUUGUUCCAUGGGCAUAAUUGCUUUUUGCUUCAUCUUUGAGUUAUGCUGAGAGUUAGUCUCUUUCCGAAGUUCCAUUGCAUAAAAAGCUUCCAGUGUCAGUUCCUCUGAUUUCUGUGUUAUAUAUUGUUGAAACUCUGAAGGCUGCCACACACUAGCCCUGUUCCAUGCUUCUUGAUGCCACAUCUUUUCUGUGGUGUGACUGUGUUCCCUUCUGCAAGGCAUGUUUAGAAAAGGUGAAGCUCCAUAAACUCUAUCUCUCUCUUGCUUGAAAGAAAAGAUGCCAUCAUUUCCUCGACCAGGCGAAGUUACCAUCUGCGAAAUCAAUCGAGACCUCAUUACUGCAGAUAAACUCUCAGAUGAUGGAGCUAAGGAAACCUACGGCAAGGUUCUUGGAAUGUUAUUUAGUCCAGUUCCUUUUCAAUCAGAAAAUUUGUCGAGUGCACUGAGCUCUGAAGAAGGUGCCGAACAGAGGAAGAGUGGCCUACUUUCCGCAGCAUUGCAGGCAGUCUCUACUGGUGCGCUGAGGCACUUUAUUCGCCCCAUUGAUGUAAAAUUGUUACAAGAUGUUGAUUUCCAUGUCCUUGAUUGGCACCAGCACAAGCAUAUAUUAGCCUUUCUUUCAGGGCCGCAUCAGGUGACAAUUCGUGAUUAUGAAGAUUCUGAAGGAGAGAGCCCUUGCAUUUUGAUCAAUGAAUCCCAAAAAGAUGUUAGAAGUGUAGCAUGGCGGCCAAAUGGCGGGAGGGCACUUGCUGUGGCGUGCAAGGGUGGGAUUUGCAUUUGGUCUGCUUCAUAUCCAGGUAAUACAGCUUCAGUGAGAUCAGGUGUCACAUUGGGCACUCUCUCUAGAGGCUCAGGAACUAAAUGGACUCUUGUGGACUUCCUAAAAAGUCUUGAAGGUGAACAAAUUACUGCACUUUCGUGGAGCCCAAACGGAAAGUAUUUGGCAUCGGCUUCAUUUGAGAGCUCUUCAUUCAUGAUUUGGGAUGUUGCUCAAGGAGUGGGUACACCUAUUCGACGUGGCUUAGGGGGCAUAUCUUUGUUGAGAUGGUCUCCGUCAGGAGACUAUUUCUUCUCUGCCAAAUUUGAUGGGACAUUCUAUCUCUGGGAGACUAAUACAUGGACAUCAGAACCAUGGUCGUCAACAAAUGGUUUUGUCAUGGGAGCAGCUUGGGAUCCUGAUGGUAGUAGAAUACUCGUCGCUUUCUCCGAAUCUUCAACAUUGGGUUCCAUUCACUUUGCAACAAGGCCACCGUCUCUAGAUGCACAUCUUAUACCCGUUGAGUUGCCAGAGAUACAGUCGUUGACGGGCAGUCAAGGAAUAGAUAAGAUAGCAUGGGAUGGUUCUGGAGAGCGUCUAGCCUUGUCUUAUCGAGAUGGGGAUGAUAUGUACAAGGGUCUUAUAGCAAUAUAUGAUGUUAGAAGAAGUCCACUCAUUUCAGCAUCUUUGGUUGGGUUCAUUAGAGGUCCUGGUGGUGACCCCAAGCCAAUAGCCUUUUCAUUUCAUGACAAGUUUAAGCAAGGACCGUUGCUUUCUGUGUGUUGGAGUAGUGGAUUUUGCUGCACCUAUCCCCUCAUUUUUCGCUCACAUGUUCUUCCAUAAUCAAGAUACAGCGUAAGUUUUACAAUCCAAUUAUGACAUGAGAAAAAAACAGUUUCAUCCAAUAUUACAGUUCUGGAAAUGCCAGAUUAAAAGAAUCUGAUUUCAUAAUUCAAGAUGGAUCAUGUUUUGAACUCGUUGUCUGUCAUUUUGAGAUUGCAGGGCAGUGCAUUUGUUAGCCAAA